AGCCAGUAGAAACUUUUGUUAUUGCAUGUUGGACGUGUAUAUUUUGCAAUACAAACUCUAAGGUGGCCUGGUGGGAGAGAGAGAGAGAGCACCUUGUUUUGGCAGAGACGGUGAUGGCGGGCGCCACUAGUACUGGAUGGAGAGAGCCAGCUAGCCCAGUGAUGCUCUCGGGAGGACCGAGAGAACCGGAUCCACCUGAUCCUGAUGCACCAAGACCUUUCUUCCGGGGUUUUUUUGACAAGAUUGGUUCUUGCCUGAACUUCUUAUGCUGCUGCUGGUUGCUAAAAAAUUGCUUUGGAGGUCCACUGGGCCCACCUGAGGCUCCCCGACGACCCGAUCCACCUGGGCCUCCGGGACGACACGAUGGAGUAAAGGAAUUGGCAAGACCUCCACACUGUCAAAGAACACCUGCUUGCACCGCCAGCACUGAGGCUGGCGGAUAUGCUAUGCCCACCCACGAUAGUAGCACCCAUGCCGUUCACCCAGAGGCAUAUUCUUACCGCGAGUACGUACGAACAUUACCCUAAGUGGGGGGCUGGUUAAUUUCUGAUAGUUCCCACCAUACAGAGUUACAGACACUGCACGCUAUUUAAAUUUACAUCUAUAUGUAUUAUGUAAAAAUAAUUAAUGACAGCUUAAUUUGGAGCAAAAGGACGGGCCGGUUUUGGAAAGCCUUUUUGUGACAAUUAUGUACGUACGUACGUAUAUACUAUACGUUGUGCAUAUAUAUUGUAGUUUAUCAUUAUUAUUUGUAGUAAGAUUAAUUUAUUAAAGAAAAACAAAAAGAAUCCACCGGCAAUCCGUCGAAAACAAUACGGU